UGCCUGGCUUUCCUUCUUAGAAGGGUUGCCAGCCAUCUUGGUUGCCACGCGUGGGCGGGAAGGCAGGAAAAGAAGGGCAUCCGCCAUGGAGUGGAGCUGGUGGCCGGCCGGGCGAGAGUGGCUGUGGCUGGCGGCUGGCACCUGUGGCCUGGCCUUCCUCGCCUACUGCCUCUAUUUCGACCAGAAGCGGCGGGGCGCCCCGAAUUUUAAACGCAGGCUGAGGGAAAGUGAGCACCCGGGGCUUCGCCUCUUGACUCCCCAGGCCGGCCACGAGGAAAGAAGAAAAGAGCGUGAAAAAGCAAAAGAACGUGAGUCAGAGUUAUCUGAGCUGAAAGAUACUGCAAACCUCCAGGACUUCUUUCUGCAAGAGAUCCAAGUGGGAGAGAUUUGGCUAGCAAAAGGGGAGCCCAAGAAGAGCAUCGAACACCUCAUCAAUGCCAUUUCGGUGUGUACAUAUCCACAUCAGCUAAUGCAAGUUCUGGAACAGACUCUGCCACCCCAUGUGUUUGAGAUGCUUGUAUGCAGGAUUCCAUAUACAAUGCAACAGCUGGAAACAAGUCUGAAUGAGCAGGAUUAGAGAUGAUGAAUGCAUACAGCAUCAUUCUAGGGGCCACCCUUAAGGAAGGACCUUGUAAAAGCCUCUGAAGCCUUCAUUUAAAACAAUUUAUAAUACAAACAGUGGUUUAAAUUUAUUACACUUUGAUUGAUAAAAAAUAAACCUUGCUUUGGA